CGACGAUGGAGGCAAGCGCGAUCCGACACAGCAACCACCCUGUCCCGUUCUCGCGCCCGGCGUCGUCGGCUAGCCAUCACCCGCGCCAGAUAGGCUUCAUCGGGCUCGGGAACAUGGGCUACUUCAUGGCGAGGAACCUCGCGCGAUCGGCGCAUAGCAGGCCGCCCGGUUCGCCACCGCUCGUGGUGUGGAACCGGACCGAGGCGCGGGCGUACAAGCUGCGCGACGAGCUGGGCGAGAACAGGGUCAGGGUGGCGGACAGCGCGGAGGAGCUAGUGCGAGAGUGCGAGAUCGUGAUCACCAACCUGCCGAACGACGAGGCGGUGAAAUCGGUCUACGGAUCGUUUGCGGCUGUUCUCGAGGAGGCCGGGUCGUCCUCAGGCAAGAUCUUCGUGGAAACGAGCACGACGUAUCCCACGACGGCCAGCGAUUUGGAGGCGCUCCUCUCCGCGCUGCCGCGCGCACAUGCGAGUCUGGUGACGUGCCCCGUGUUUGGCCUGCCUCCGGUCGCCGACCGGGCGCAGCUCCUCGUGGCCGUGAGCGGGCCGUAUGGCGCGCGCAAGGAGGUUGCACACCUGAUCGUGCCCGCCAUGGCGCGCAAGGUGAUCGACCUUGGCGAGAAUCCGGAGAAAGCGCCGACGUCGAAGCUGGUGGCGAACUCGAUGGUGAUGGGCAUGGCCGAGGUCAUGGCGGAGGCGUUCACCAUGGCGGAAAAGACCGGGAUCGGCGCUGGGACUGUGUAUGAUCUGGUGAAAGAAGUGCUUCCUGCUCCGCCGAUGAUCAUGUACGGCGAGAAGAUGCUGCACGACCGGUUCGACGGCACGAAGGGAUUCGCAAUCGACGGAGGGAUCAAAGACUCUUCAUACAUUCGGAACCUGGCGGCUCAGCACGGUGCUCCGAUGGCUGCCAUCGACGUGUCGCAUAAUCAUUUCCUCACCGCGAGGAGCGUGCACGCGGCGGCGACGCGGCAGGGCGGAACACCGUGGGAAGUGCUGGACGCGAGCGCGAUCGUGGUUGGAUCGCGCGUUGGGGCAGGCUUGGACGCGUUCAAGGGGUUGUCAGAUACCGCCAUGGUGCUUCGGGAGGACCAGGGUGCUCUCUAA